ACAAAGGCAGACAUGUAAUUUAUGAUGUUAGAAAGAAUGAAAAUAAUUUGGUUUUCAUUGAGCUUUUUCUAUGGAGUUACUUUUGUUUCCAUGAAAUCUGAUUGGUCUAUUGCAACUCAAGGCCAAUGCCAAUUCACCAUUAAUAAUGGAUUUUCAAUACUUUUCACGGUAUAUCCAGCAUUAUUUAUUCAUAAAAAAAAGACCACUGAUUUAGCUAGUUGUAGAAUGGUUUGUUGCAAUCAUGAUACAUGUAACGGAUAUGUCUGGGAUGUCUUAGAUUUAACAGAGAAUUGCAAAUUAUUAAAAUGUUCAAGUGAAGGUCAAGAUUGUAAAAAUGCUUUGACUAUUUCAAAUACUUUGGGAUCUGGACAAGUUGGAUUUGUCACUGGAUACAAUGCAGAUUCUCCACCAGUGAAAACAACAACUUCUACAACUUCAAAAAUAAAGUUAUCUAGUUUGGAAAAUUUAAGUACUCAUUUUGAAGAGAAUAAAGAACAAAAUAAAAAAUUUAAAAAGCCAGCAGUUGCUGUUGUUGCAGAGCCAAAAAUUUCAAAUUGGUUAUUACAAAAGUUUAAUGCCUUAGAAGGCAAUGUAUCUGAUGAAACAAUUAUAGAGGAGAAAGCACAAAAAAAAGUUGAAGAAAACGAUGUUCUACCAAAUAAUAAAACAAACAAUAGACGUAUUAUAGUAAAGCAACGAGCAGUCAGCAGUCACACAGAUAAUGUGUCUUUAGUUAUGGCAACAAUAUUUGGCGUCGGUUUUCUUUUUGCUAUAAUGGUAAUGGUUUGCCGAAGGUGGGUUGAAAACUUAAGAGAUUUACAUAAACGAGACUAUAGCAGACUUUCUUUCUUGUUGGACGGAAAUGAUUAAAUUUAAGUUCUAAGAAUAUAUUUUAUUUUACAUAGGCCUAUUUUUUAUAGACAAGAUAUUAAAUAUUCUCCUCUAAAUGUUUUUAGACGUUAUUUUAGUUAAUUGAAAUGACUUUGGCUUUUUUUUUUUUUUUUUUUUUUGACGCAUACCAUACAUUUUAUUUUUUAAAAUGCAGAGUAUUUAUUUUUAAAUUUUGUUAAAUAAAUUAUUAUGGAUAUUUAUUUAUACCCUGAGACUGCCCUAAGUGGUCAUUAAUCUUAAAUGUAUUGAUUAAUUAAGAAAGAUUUUCCUUUCUGUUAA